UUAGUAAAAUGUUUCCAUGUACUUUGUACAGAUUCUGUGAAGGUCUGAAGACUCUUGGGGUUCUUGAAAAAAUCAGGAGACAUCCUGACAGCUUUAAGCCCCUGUUUUGCUAUGAGGCAAGUCUUCUCACUGCUGACCAGAUGGACAAUCUCUUCAGCAUUCCACUCUCUCCAGAAGGGAGCAACAAGAGAACUGCAGAAGAAAUGGUUGUAAUCUUCUGGAGAGACUAUCUCCAGGAUGCAGAAGAAGAAGACGGGCCAUCCAAACUACAAAAAAUGUUGGCCUUCGCAACAGGAGCCUCUGUGGUGCCACCCAUCGGCUUUUCCCCAACACCUUCUGUGGAGUUCAUUCACAAGGGAGAGGACGACUAUGCCUCGACACCAUUGUUCCCUAUGGCCAACACAUGUGUCAACUGCAUCAGGUUGCCGCUACAUGUGUCAUAUGAAGUCUUUAAAGACAAGUUUGACUUUGCUUUAGGGAACACUCAUGGGUUUGGCAGGUCAUGAAUAUACAGUGGUGGAAAUAAGUUUUCAACGUGUCAACAUUUCUUUCGUUAAAUAUUUUAAUAUUUUUCU